AGUACUUAUCCUCUGUUUAACUUAGAGCCAUCAUUGUAAAAAUCACAACUGUAUUCUAACUCCUGGCCCCUGUAGUUUGUAGCCUCAGGGUCCAGAGCCAAGCUCUACCUUUCCAAGGACACCUGCCUCAUCAACUUCAUUAUGGCUGGACUAUGUGGAGCCAGCUGCUGACGAGGUGGCGGAGGAGGGAGAGGUGGCUGCUGUGACCCCGGGGGAGGAUAGUGCUCCGCCCGAGAGUCGAGAAAGGUCAAUCAUAAGAAGAUUGUUGUCACUGAAGUGGUUAGCCCAAACAACUUUUGGGCACAACUUGUCGACCAAGGUGUUCAGUUCACCACUCUCAUGGAGCAACUGAGAAAUGACCUCUCGGCCAAUCCCCCCCUCGCUGGUUCCUUCAACGCUACAAGGGGGGCGCUCUGCGUGCUAAAGUUCACAGACGGACUAUGGUAUCGGGCAAAAGUGGAGAGAAUCGAAGGAAAGAAAGCUCACGUUCUCUACAUGGAUUACGGGAAUAAACAAGUUGUUCCACUGUCAAGCCUCUCAGCUUUACCAGCAGGUUAUCAAAACCAACCCCCUCAAGCUCAGGAAUACUUCCUAGCCUGUAUCAUUCCUCCUGAUGAUGAGGAUUGGCUCAAGGAUGCGUUCACUCUCUUCUGUCAGGAAGUGACUGGCAAGACACUGCUCCUCAAUGCUGAGUAUAGGAUCACUGGGCAGAGCUACGUUUCCCUCCUCAACAGCGAAGAUAAGACGGAUAUCGCUCGGAAGAUGAUAGCAGAAGGUUUGGCCAGACUCGACAAACGUAAAGAUCGAAGGCUAUCGAAACUUCCAGACUGCUGAGUAAUUGGAUGGUGAGGUCAUGUUGCCUUAGGGCGAUGUCCCAAUUCAACGACAAGACUCGAACCAAUCGUGAUUGAAACUAAUUAAGGGUAAUGUCAUCAUGUAGCCUGCAUGUUUUAGAUUUCAUACUUACACGUAUAUGGUAUAUGUAGUUAUGUAUAGUUCUCAUUUCGGAACAUAUUGUUUUUAAUGCUUCGCAACGGACAUUUCAACAUCUGAGUUAUAAUUACUGUGUUGUCGUGUGUAUAAUAUGUGCGUUUUUAGUGCAUGCAACUUCUAAAAGUGUAC